AUGGAGUCCGAGGGGUCUACCGGGGUCGAGUUGGUGCGCCGGCACCAGAUUCCUAAGAAUCAAAGACGUCCUGAGGAACCGGAGAUGCUUUCGCCAUGCCGUCCGACGUCUGAGACGGCAGGGCCCAGUGUGCAGGGUACUGAGGCAGCUUUCCGAUUCCGAGGAUUGUCGAACUCCUUCUCAGCUUGGGAGACCCUGCCGGAGGACGAACCUCCGCUGUGCAUCGCAGUUCGACGCCCAGUGUCACCUCCACGCCACUAUGAGGCGAGCCUCUUGAAAAGAAAUUUGAAAGUUGGAUUUACGAUGUAUGAGCAAGAGGAGGGAAAUGGCUCUUGGGAGAAUGUAGAAACAACACAGGAAGUGUCGGGGGAAGGUAACGCAUCUGCCAGAGACGAUGGAGAGAAUCGAGAUGUAGAAGUGUGGACAGCCCCUUCAUCACCCACGAAUGAACGAAGCAACUAUAAACCUAGUUUGUUUUCUCUGGCUCAGGUGUCAUCUAAGUUAGGUGAGCUUUGGUCUUCAGCUAGGGAAAGCAUCUUUGGAGAAGACUAUUGGAUCCCCUCAGAUCCGAAUGAGAUCACCUUGUUUCCUCUGGAACUUCUUCGAGCACAUAAGGUUUUGUUUCCUGCACAUGAUAGUGAAUGUUUGCUUAGAGUUGUUCAAGGGUCGUUUAAAAACAAACCCGCAGAGCCAUUACAUCAUGUAGUUUUCUCUCUUACUGAUUCACCUGAUUCGCCUGCUUACAGCCUUUUUCGAUCUGCUGUGCUAGAAGAUGCGGUGGACCUUUGUCGUCGGUGUUUGGAAUGCCACAUCCUUUUCAGGCUCUUAGAUCGCUCAACAGAAACCAAAAAGCCCAUUCAAAACCUAAUGGCCAAGUUGAAACAGUAUCCUCUUUAUCGAAUGAUCCAUAUUGCCAUUGCUUGUGACCGGCAAGACCUAUUCACUGAUGCCAAUCUUGACUAUUUGAAUAAGAUGAACUCUUCCUUUCAAAGCCUUAUGAAAGUGAUGGUCCAGCCAGAAGGCAAAUAUCCUUUGCUUUUGGCCAUUGAAAUGGGUCGCCUAAAUAUAGUGCGAAGAAUGCUAACAAUGGGUGCAGAUGUACUGGUGAAAGACAUUAAUGGGAACAAUGCCAUUCAUUACGCCUCACUUGCCAGCGUCCAGAUGCUAGAGUUGUUGUGGGAAUUCGAAAGCUGCCAUGCACUCAUCAAUCAGACUAAUAAUGAAGGAUACGUGCCGGUCAUGUUGGCAAUACGAGCAGCAAAUCCACGUUGUUUCGCUACUCUUCUCAACUUCGGUGCGGAGCUGAGUAUGCGUGUGCAAGGACGCAAUCCUCUAUUCGAAGCCAUGCAAAGCAAAGGAAAGAAUACUGAGUGA